GUUCCGAUCGUUCCAGACACCUGCGGUCGAGUCUCACGUACGGAUGUUCAUGCACGCAAGUCGAAUUUCAUUGAUUUGAUUCUUCAAUUCAGCAGUUGAGCUGUGCCUUGUUUGCUAGGAUAUCUCCAAGUACCACCGAUCUGUCUCCUUGCUUUAUACUCCGAUCAAGACGGACAUUUUGAAUCAACAGCCCGAGAUACUGGAGUGCAUCACACUGUUAAGAAACCUUCUCACCAAGCUAGAAAAUUCCAUGCUGUGUCUACACCCCUGACCUGUUGAACUAGGCAAUAUCCUGGGAGUAUUGACAUGGAGCAUUUGCUUAAAGGACAGGUCCCUUGAUUGAGUCAGGCAAAAAAAGGACAGAUGGCAUACUUUAUAGCAGCUCUUGUGAAUAGCAGGUACAUCUAUAGCAACAGCAUUCUCUGGAAAUGGUGAUUGAUGAGGCACUUAAGUUCCAGUGAUUAAGACUUCUACAGAAAAAAGUUCAGCCAGCAAAUGUCUGGACAAUUUGUACUUCUACUGAUAAAGCAGAGAGAAGUCAUGGCUCCCCAUCACCUGUAUCUUGCGGUCGUCUGUGUCUGCCUGUGUUGGUUCCAUGUCCAAGGUACCUCAUCAACACAAGCCAGUGUUGUCCCUUACAACAAAAUGGUCAGCACCACAUCCCCAAUAAUUGAUCGUAUUAUCGAUGGUUCUGUGGGGAAAGACAGCACAGCUGAGCCAGAACCGGAACCCGAAACUGAACCAGAACCAGAGGCAGAACCAAGUGCAGAACCAGAGCCCACAGAUAUACCAGAGCUUCCUCCAUUUGCAGAGCCUGUACCAGACUGGGACGAAGCCCUUCCAAUGUAUGGUAUCUUCUGGAUCAUCCACAUUUACAUUCUGGGAUCCCUGUUUGCCUUGCUGGCAUUGUAUUCAUUUGUGAGUCUCAUCCGCCUCCGGAGCAGACGUCUGCUCAGUCGGGGCUACUUUGUGGCUCUCAAUAUCAUGAUGUUGAUCAUGGGGCUGGACCGUGCUAUCUACCUCUUUGUGGAUGCCUAUAAUCACAAGAGUAUAUUUCCACUGCCAGUAGCCUACAUGCUUCUUGGUAUGGGCUUUCCGUGCCUGUCAUCAGCUUUUAGCAUCCUGUUCUUGGCUCUGCUGCACUCUACUAGGACUCGGCUUGUCUCACCCAAGAUUCAGCGGGCCAAGGUCUUGGCAUCCAUCAUCAUAUUCCACUUUACCGUUUCCAUUGUGGUAGAUGUCACCGUGGGCCUCUUCACCAAGGCUCAGGUUCUCCUGCUUUUGUGCCAGGGAGUUUUCCUCAUCUGGGGUCUCUUCUUGUCAAUCAGUUACCUGGUCAUAUUCCGUAGGCUUCAUAAAUCGUCUGUGAGACAGUUCCGAGAGCUCAGCCGACUGAGCAUGAGCCGGCGCACCUCAACCCUGUAUGGAAUAUCACCGUUUGUUAAGAAGCCUCGAAACAACUGGGGCAGCGCUAUCAAAGUAACACUUUUCACAUCAUUUUUUGGUGUCGCUAUUGGACUCUUACAGCUGUAUGGUAUCCUAGUGGUGUAUGGUCCAUUAGGAGAGAAAGUCCCAGAGCCCUGGUCCUGGGUGUGGUACCAGCUGGCUUUCCGUAUCUGUGAGUUGGUGAUGUGUAUCCUGAUGAGUUACGUAGCCACACAGCCGUUCCGCUACACUGUCAAUGGUACCGAGAUACCGAUGUGCAUGUGUUGCACCAAUAUUUGCGAGACCAUCAGAGGCAAGAAAAGUCACAGCCUGCAGGAGGCAGAUUCUUACAGAUUGGUCAGUGGCGAUGCUUCCCUCCCUGCCACUGAUUUUGGUAAGGGACUUGAGGAUGGGAUGUUAUUUGAUCCACAGAAACCUCAGCACUUCCACACCAGUGCUAACCUGCAGUUGCCUGUCUCCAACACGUUCCACCAGGAGCCAACACAGGAACCUGUCAAGAAAUCCACUUUUAGCAAUCAAGUGCCAGAGUAUGAGAUCGUGGAGACAAAUGGAACUGUGGCAGACAACAACAAAAAGAACCUUUUAAAACUUGAGAUGGCCAACAUUCCAUCAUCGCUGAACAAUUCAAACAAGCCGGCAUCAGCACCAGUAUCAAUUGAAGACAAUUUGUGGAAUGACAGUACAUGUAGUUCUCCCAUAAUCAAAACCAAUCGCAGCUUCAGUGACAUCAAGACUUAUAACCACAACAAGAAUAAUCCUCACUCCUGUCCGUCCACGCCGAUCCGGGGGCAAGGUGACUCUGCAGAGAUCCAGCUCUCUGGUUUGAACCACUCCUUAUCCAAAUUACAUAAUCAGUCAACAGACGAGGAGGGACCUGGUCAGCAAACUACUGAUGAGAACUCACCUUUGGCCUCCAGAGGAAAAGGAGUUGAUUUGGAGGCUGGAGAAAGAACUGGAAGUGGCUCCUCACAUGAUGUUCCUACAGAGACUGAACCAGACAUUGCGGAUGCUACGUUAGUGACUGAAAUCGCCGCCAGUUUACAAAUUGUUGGUGACCAAGACAUGGAAGGAACCAGAAGAGGGAGCAGUGUUUCAGAAUCAACUGACUUAUGUUCAGGCAUGUCGGGGGAUGUUGCCCAUACCCAGUGCAAAGGCAUUGCCAUGAUUGACUGCCGGCUGAGGGCCAUUUGCAUAUCCCUGACCCAUGUCCCAUUCCAUGUUGAACCUGAGGAAACCCAGAUGGACCAUGCUGAUCAUCCAAGCUAUGGUGGUUCUAGUGACUCAGAGGGUGCCAGUGCACGGCCUCCCACAAAGAGGGCCAAGUCUAAGGCCAAGGUGUGGGAAAAGGUAGCUUGGUUUACACGGCGGCCUCGAAGAGAACCGGAGACAGACUCCGUCUUGACAGGGGAAGAUGGAGGAGCAGCCUGUCUGCCUUUGGAUGUGAUGGACAUUGACGAUGUCCCAUCUUCCAGCUCCAGUCAUUCUCCAAAUAUGAGCCAGCCGCUCUCAGAGUACAGCUCAUCAAGCGAGGGUGAUAUACAUGUAGCAGCUUAUGGCAACACCUCCAAAGAUGCUGAGGACAGCCAGGUGGUAUACCAGAACUGUGUGCGACCAAGCCUGGUGAAAGCCAUGUUUGGCAAGAACCAGGGCAGGGGACGUGAUCGGAAGUUGCAGAGCUUCAAGAAAGAAAAGAAGAGCACCAAGAGGUCAACGAGAGAAUUUGCCAAUGAUGGGGAUCAUUUCUGGACAAGUAAGAGCAUCUUUGAUGAUAAGGAGAUCAAUGGGAUUGAGACAAAGCAGCCGGCAGCCACAGCAGAAGUUGAGUGGGACAUGAAGACGCUGCAGUGUCAUUGCCCAGCAUGCUGUUCAUGCCGUCACAGCAAGUCAGAUGUUAGUUUUGCCAGCUGGCCUCGGAAGCGAGCCUGCCCUCUGCAGUUGAGCUUGCGGAUGGCCAAGGCCAAACUCCCGAUGGCCGUCCAGCUUGCAUCAGCUCAAGCACAUUCAAGCCCCGAUCAGGAGGUGAGAGACAAAAAGCACCACUCUCACUCAGCUUGUCUUCCUUCCAGCUCUGAGCCCCUGGACAAAAAAAGAAUCCAGCCACCCACAGACGACCUGCAACCCCUUGAGUCAGUGCCAUGCUGCUGUAAUCGCACAGCUAAUCAUCAUAACAAAUCUAGAAGUCUACCAGCCUGUGUCUCUCUAAGCUCCCCUAGUCUUCACCCUCACGUCACCAUCUCCCAGCCAUCUUCACCGGACCACCUCACUGUCUGCAGGAAACGGGAUAUCCGCAUUACCAAGAACCACCGACCAUCAUCCCAAGGAUCUAAGACUGCAUCCCAUGAGGUCCCGUCGAGGUCUCGAGGUGGUAAAGCCAAACCUUCAAGUUUCAACUUGGGGGUUGAAGGGGCAAUAUUCAAGCACAGAAUGGAGCUGAUUCAGUUGUGGUUUGAUGAAUUUAGCGAUCAACAAAAGAAUACCAUGAUAAAGCGUCUCGUGGAGCAGUGCGACCUUCCACAGAUGCACAUGUUGUCUGUUACCAUGGCACCCAUCCUGCAUCAAAGCUGCCCACACAAUUGCCAAGACCUGUUGUCAUGGUUACCUGCUCAAUUAUCCCUUCGUAUUCUAUCCUACUUGGACCCAGUUAGUUUGUGUAGGUGUGCCUGCGUCAGCCGUGCAUGGUACGAGCUAGCUAAUGAGCCUACAUUAUGGCGUAACUUGUGCCGACUUCCCAAGUGGGCAUUGCCCAAGGCUGAGGAAGAGAAGCAGAUGAUUAACCACAUCUCGUCCUAUAUCCACUGGAAGCAAGCCUUUGCUGAACGCUAUAGGCUGAGACGCAAUUGGCUGAAGGGACUGUGUUCUGUCCGCACAUUUGAAGGCCACACGCAGGGCAUAUCUUGUGUGCAGUUUGAUGACACUCGUAUUGUCAGUGGGUCCUCGGACAACACAAUCAAGGUGUGGAACAUUCGCACCAAUUCUCCUUGGUCAGUACAGACCCUUGUUGGUCACUCAGGCACGGUCAGAUGUCUGCAUCUUCAAGGCAGUCAGCUAGUAUCAGGUUCUACAGACCGUACCAUCAAGGUGUGGGACUUGUCGAUGCAGAAUAGUUGGUCAAGUAUUGCGUGUCGUGUGACUAUGACUGGACAUGAAGACACUGUCCGAUGCUUGCAGGUGGACGAUGAGAAGGUGGUCAGUGGCUCCUAUGACAAAACGCUUAAAGUGUGGGACAUCCGGACAGGACAUUGUCGACACACACUCAGGGGUCACACAGGGGCUGUCUUGUGUCUUCAGUUCGACACAACAAAAAUUGUCUCAGGAUCAGCAGAUAAAACCAUCAAGAUAUGGAGCCUAGCCACAGGUUCUUGUCUGAGAUCACUGGAAGGCCAUCGUGAUGCUGUAACCUGUCUACAGUUUGAUGCCAGCAAAAUCAUCAGUGGUUCCCUGGAUAGGAACUUGAAGUUUUGGGAGCUGACUACAGGCCUCUGUACAAGUACUAUUGAUUGGGCCCACUCAGAGGGGCAUACUGGGGUCGUAAGAUGUCUGCAGGCAGAUUCCUGGCGUGUAGUCAGCGCAUCGGAUGACCGCACACUCAAAGUCUGGAAUCUAGAAACUGGCGAGCGACUGGUCACUCUUCGCCAUCAUACAGAUGGGGUCACUUGUCUUCAGUUUAACAACUCCAAGAUUGUGUCAGGAUCAUACGACAAGACCGUUCGACUCUGGGACUUUAGCUCUGUAUAGUAUAUGAUGCCACAGGUCUUGUUGACUUGCUCAUUACUGAUCAAAUCAUUUCGUUCAGUGUGCUUGAUAAUAGUCUAUUAUGACUACAUAAAUUAUUGCAUUGUUCUCCUGAAUCAAUGUGGAAAGAACCUAGCAUGGAGAGCCUCUUGUUGAAUGUCCACAGUUCGUCGAAUAUACAAAGCUGGCAAAUUGUUAAUCAUUGACAUGCUGGUGGGUAUCUUUAAAGUGGUGGACAUCCACAGGUUGUAUGCAACUUGCUCAAUAGCUACAUUUAUGACAUCCACAAGUGGAUAAAUACAUACGUAUAUAUCCACAAUCAUUAGAACCUACAUAUUGUUCCGUAUGUUGAAGUUGUCACUGUGCAUAGGUUGUUUCAUAUCCAUGUUCUAUAGUCACUCAUUCAGUGUCAACACAUAGUUCACUGUUAACAGGUCAUUCAUCAACAAGUUGAUGAAUAUAUCCACAAUCAUCAGCAUC